UUUCUCCGAGAGCUUUGGGCACUCUGAAAACUAGUUGCACGCCGUUGAGCUCCACAAAAUCAAAACAAACCAAAAAUGGAGCAAACGAAGCCUUUUUAUGAUUUUAGCAUUCCCUUUAACAAGGACGACUCGGUUAUGCGGGCCCUGCUUAACGAGCUGGUGGAAUUGGGCUACAAAACCAUCGCUAUCGAGCAGAGUUUCGAUCACAGCAAAAAGGCGCCCGGCAAACGAGGAUCGGAGAUUUUUCCCGAGCCCCACAAGAUCGAACAUUUGCGCAAGGAGUUCCAGAACAAACUUAAAAUUCUGCAGAGAAUCACCAUUUUGUACGUGGAUGUUAGUGUGGCACAUGCGAUGAGUGUCUCCCUAAACCUGAGAAAGUUUAAUAUAAUUGCUGGCCAACCCAAAACAGAUUCCGCUUUGACACACUGCUGCACAUCCUUCAAUGGGGACUUGAUAACCUUUGACCAUGUGGCUGGUUCACGCCUUUUGGUGAAUCGAAAGGCAUACCAGGUGGCUGUUCGACGGGGCAUGUUUUUCGAAAUAAAAUACGCCCCAGCUAUAGUCGAUUCAAAUAAUAGAAAGGACAUGAUAAAGAUUGCCCAGAACUUUUGCACCAAAGGGAAGUCCAAGAACAUCAUCUUCAGUAGUGGAGCCGAGAACAGAUUCCAGUUAAGAGGACCCUACGAUAUAGCUAAUCUGGCUUUUAUUUUCGGGUUGUCGGAAGACCAAGGAAAAAAUGCUGUGGAUCGCCAUUGCCGCCAAGUUUUUUUAAAGGCUGAGUCGCGACGGUUGGGCAAAGUCAUUAUGUUCGUAAAAGGCAAUGGACCGGUUGUAUUCUCAGAUAGUUCAGAGGGCGAACAUAGCGGCGAAGACGAUGAUAUUGAGGAUCUAGAUACACAAGUCGGAAAUGAUGUAGAAUCCGAAGUUACGAAUGAUAAUAAUCAACCAAAUAAACGACUUAAAGUAGGAUAGCACCACAAAA